AUGGAACAAAUUGAUUUAAGUUCUGAUGAUGAGGGAGAAGAUACAAGCGAGCUAACUGUAAGUUCAACGAAAAAAGGAAUGAGUCUUGACAUGUAUUUUAAGGUACAUGGGAUAAAUUUGGAAGAUGAAGAACAUGAGGAAGAUGAGGAAGAUGAGCUUGAUGAUGCUGUAAAUGAUGGGGGUAAUGGAGGACAAGCUAGUAAUGAAGGCACAAUAAAGAAGAAAACUCGUGGAAAGACUAUGUGCAAAAAUCUUCAUGCCACUGAUUUUAAUGAUCGACGGGAGGUGGAAUUUUUUGGAGGGCAGCCUAUAGGUCCAACCAAGGAGGUUGUAUCUAACCUCAACCAACCCUUGGGCACAACAGUUAAAAAUCCUCGUUUUGUGACUUUGCUAUAUACUAGUUGGCAUGGUGUGCCUAAAAACCUCAAAGAGGACAUGUGGGAGUAUGCCAAUCAAAAAUUCAUUCUUCCAAUAACUUCAAAGCCGUGGGUAAUGAACGGAUUUUGUCAUGCAUGGAAAAAAUACAAAGGCAAAAUAAAAAAGGAAAAUUUCUUGAAGUACAACAUAAAGAAAGAAAUGAUAAAGAACCAACCGUUAGAGAUCCCUGGGGUUCAAUUUCGCAAACUAAUUCGGUAUUGGAGUCUUCCGACUGUUAAGGCUGUGUCUACUAAGAAUGCUGAAAAUAGGUCAAAGCAAACAUGUCCUCACCGGAUGGGUUCCACAAAUUUUGGAAUAGUGUGCAAGUAUCUGGCUGAACUUCAAACCCGCAUAGAGGCAGGGGAAAAUGAUGAGGAUGCAUUUGUAGGAGUGCUAGGAAAGGACCAACCAGGUCGAGUUUGUUGUUAUGGGGCUUCGAUUACAAGAAGCUCUCUUAAAAAGGAUGAGGAGAUUCGACAAGUCAAAGUUGAAUACAACAACAAGGUUGAAUCAUUAGAGAAGAAGAUGGACGGUGUAUGUAGUUUAUUAAAGGUAUUGGUACACCAAGUCAACCCUGGAAUGAUUCAGGAAGACGUAGCAGCCUUAGUACAAGCUACCCAAAAUUCUCCUUUGGAUGCCUCAAGUAGCAGACCGAGAAAUACUCUUCGCUCCUCCGAAUCAACUCAUAUUCCACCCAAAGAUACUCCAGAAGGAAUUAAUGGCUCUCAUGGUAUAUCUCAUUUUGCUUGA